AUAGAGACUUGUUUUUCUACAAGCUUAAUGCGUUUUUUUGCAAAAUUAAAAACGGUCUCACACCACAGGACACCCCCAGGGGGAUGUUCUGUGGUCUCCCACUUGUCUCUGCAUAACCAUAAUGUUUACGUCACUGUCACUCAAUUUGGGGUUAUGGAUAGUUCUACCAAAAACUAUUUUGAAUAUAAAAUUUAAUUGGUGCAAAAAACGGAAUAGUUAUGGUAGUCGGAGUGUUUCCUGUAGCAAAACUGGGGGCUCUUUUACUGAAGCAAGUCAGCAAGCCGAUUGCCACGGUUGUUAAGAACCAAGCCAAAUCGUCGCCUGUGUUUCGCAAAUAUGUUUGCAUGCCCCCUGCACAAUUUUAUAACUGGUGCGAGAUCAAGGCAAAAAUGUGGAUUUUGAACUUGGGAAAGCCUGUUAAUAUACCUGUGUUGAAUGAAGCGCAGGCCAUCGAACUGGGGGCCAAUCUACUUGGUGAAGCGAUUAUAUUCAUAAUAGCAGCUGGAGUGCUUAUCAAUGAGUACUAUCGAUCUUCUGUAAAGGAAGCGGCAAAGGAGGCUGCAAGAAUACAGGAGUUGACUGAUAUGAAGAAUGACAUUCGGGAGCUGUAUAUUGAGGCUGAAGAAGAGCGAGCCCAGAUUAGGGAAUUGUUGAGGAAAGUUGGCGAUCAACAUUCACAAAUAGAGGAAUUAUCUACCAAACUUGGUCUGCGACGUAAAAAGAGCCCUGCGGAUGAACAGCAAGAGGUUGAUUCGAAAAUUCCUCCCUAUUCGCCGGUCAACGACGACCCCAACCUGAGCAAGAUGACCAAAGCGCCAGAAGUUUAUCAAAUGAACAACUCGAAACAGCAAGGCACAUCUUCCGUUCUUCUGCUGCGAACACUCGACGAUAUUGUUCGAGAGUUCUGGAACUAUCCAACUAAAUCGAACGAGCCUAGUUACUUAUUGCAAGCCCUUUUUUACCUGAGUCAAAUAUUCAAAUUUCGGUCCUACUAAACGCUCAGUUUUAUAGGCAAUUGUGAUGUACAUACUUAGUAAUUAAGUAGGCGAAAAAACUGCUUUUGAGGGCGUUAUGAACAAGUAAUAUGUUACGCAACAUUUAAUAUAAGAAUUAAUCGAU